AUGGCAUACGGCGGACGCAUGAGCAUGGCGCCGCGAGGCUCUCAACAACCUUCAAGUCAGCCUCGUGCUCGCAAAGAAGACAACGAGGAUGCCUUCAUGACAUUGGUGAGUCCUGCCUGUUCUGCCCAACAGUCUGCGAAGACUGCUGAUGACUUCACANNGCCCGACAAAGAGAUCGCAGGAUGUAUCACCGACAUUGGCAUUCCUUUCGACAUCCAGGACUUGCACAAACCCAACCCACAGCAAAUCCAAAAAGUCUUCGAAUGGCUGGCCGAGCUGUUGAUGAACACGACGCGCGAAGUCGUCGCGCCUGCCAUGAAGGCCGCUGCCGAUGACUUGUGCGGCGACGACCCCGACAGAAUCUUUACAGCCGACACUCGCGACCUCAUGGGCUUCUUCGUCACUCUGCGUCGCCUGCUGCUCGAGUGUGGCAUCAAGGACUUCACCUUCCAGGAUCUGUACAAACCAACACACCCGCGUCUAGUCAAGAUCUUCUCUUAUGUCAUCAACUUCAUUNNUCGCUUCCGCGAGUCGCAAACCUCGGUCAUCGAUGAACACUUCAACAGCACCGAGCGUACAAAGGCUCAGAUCGAAGAGCUGUAUAACUCAAACCAAGAGAAGGAAGAAAAGCUGCAGGAGAUGCAGCGCAAUAGAAAAAACGUCGAGCAAGCCAUGCGCGACAAGGAAAAGAAGAACAGCGAGCUCAAGGCCCGUCUGCUCGAGCUCAAGAAAAGCCAGGAAAAGGUCACCGAGAAGCAUGAACGCGUCAAAUCAGAGCAGAGCAGACGCAAGCAAGCCCUCGAGGACAAGCAGACUCAAGUCAUCAAUGCCCGCAAAGAAGCCGACAAGUUGCGUCCAUACACACAGCAAAGCCCAGCAGCUCUCGAGACAGCCCUUCGCGACCUUAAUGCAAACCUCACGGCAGACAAGGCCGAGAUUGACCGGCUCGACCGUCGCACUCGCGCUCUACAGACAAGCACCGACACAUUCACUCUGCUACACGGCGACGUGGCAAGUCUCAGCCGUCUACUCGAAGACCUGCAAGCCGAUCUAAAAAAGGAGGACGAAGAACUCUUACGAGCAACCAAACACCGUGACGCCCUCUCGGAGCGCUCUAACAAUGUGCAAGAGAUCGAGCGUCAAGAACGCAUGCUCAGCAAACAGCUCGCCAACAUCCAAGAACGCACAAACAAUCUACGACAAGGUGCGGGCGCUAAGGAUGAGGAAGCCAAAAGACGCAUGGAAUCGCUGAAGCGAACAUACUCGGAGCUGACCGAAGAGAGACGCAAGCGUGAUGAAGAGGUUGAGAGAAGACGCAUCAGAAUUGAGCAAACGCAAAAGAAGAUGGCAGAUCUGAAGGAGAACACCGAGAUAGAAGUGCAGAGUGCGAAGGAGGAAUUCCUAAUGAUGAAGUCGCACAUCGAGCUCUACAUGACCGAGAUGGACCAGAGCUUGGGGAUGGACUAG